UUUCGAGACGAUUCCCGUCACCAAGAAAGCGAAGAUGGGGGAAUCAGGGAAGGACGUAAAAACGGGUUUUCAUCCCCCUGACGACACGGACAUUGCCUCGGCGGCAUGGUUCAUGAAGAUGUUCCAGGCGGCGCAAAAAUGUAUGAACUUGUCGAAUCAGCCGAUUGCAGGCGACACCAGCGCCCCUACCAGAUCAGCGGCGCAGACCAAAACUCGGCCCGACAGCCCAGGCGCCCCGACGCCGGACGGGCCGCUGAGGCGUGACGGAGUACCGGCGAAGCGGCCACGGCCAGGACAACGGGACAUUGAAAGCCGUACUCGGGGGAGAAGCCCGAGUACCUGUCAUGCUCCCUCUAUUGAUAUAAAUGAGGAUGAUUCAAACUCUGAAUAUGGCUACCAUCGGCCCAUAGCAUCCCGCAAGCGAAAAUGGGCAGACUCUUUGCUGUCUCAACUUUCCACUUCAGGAUCAGAGAGACAGAGCAUUGCUAGCGGUCGUUAUGAGAAGGAGGGGGUUUCAGUGAUUAGUGAGGGUUUUUCUUCAGCUAAUUUUGCUUCCAGACCCAGCUCUCGCCAUGAUAGCGUAGAAAGCAAGCCUGUUUCGGCUGCAGAUUUGAUUACGAAAUACUGCCCCCAGCUUAAGGCAGAGACUACCGACUCAGAGGAAUCUAAGCCUAUUUUCUGUCUCGAUUCGGAGCUUGGGAGACAAUCUGUCAACUCAGCUGCGGUGAAGCUUGACAAACCCUUCUCAUCCUGCCUGAAUUACCUUAAUGACAGGGGAAGGGACUUACGCCCUACCAACAGAGUGGUUAAGAAGCAUUUUCGCUUUGGGGAACGAGACUUUAAGCACGCUUUCAAGACUCCCACAGUCCCAGAUGCAGCCUUUUGUGUUGGUGAUGCUAAGGCUAAGAGAUCGCGCUACUCUAAUCAGAAUCCACUCGGGUCACGUAGAUUUAAGCGUAUGGAGAGUCAGUUGACCUCUAUUGACCAGGCAGCCAGGGCAUCUAUGCGCCUAGCAACCUAUCACACAUAUCUUUUGACAGCCUUUCGGGAAUCUGAGAGACUAGGUAUCUCCCCAGAGGAUCGCAGAGACAUAUGGGAGUGUGUUCUGAAGAUUGCAGAAUACCAGUUUGAACAGGCGUCGAGAACGGCCAUACUUUGCACGAGAGCAAGACGUUCACAGGUCAUUGACCUACUUCAGAUUGAAAAAAUGCUACUCGACUACUCGAAAGACUGCCAGCCUGGGGGGAUGACCUUUUCAGUGGUCGUUUUCAGGAAGUUUUAGAAUCUUCCAUCUCUGCCUCUUCCACGGCUGAUAAGACAGUGUACAGGUUGUCUUCACAUUCUUAUGGCCAACGUUCCUCCUCACGUCAGCAGGCCUCUGGGCCGAGUAACCAGCAACCGCAAGGCCCCCCACAACGCGAGGUCAGGGAUAGGAGCCCCCAGACCAAUCAAAGGACCCCUACACCCUUUCGGGGUCGACGCAGAUUGUCCCGCGGUUCUCAGUACCCCCCUAAACACUUGUGACUCCUUGGCCGGACCGUUUUCCCCAGACUUACACGCCCCCGUAGGAGGAAGGCUCAUUUUCUUUGCAAAAAAUUGGAGCCUCAUAACAAGAGACAAAUUAAUUCUCAGGAUAGUGUGGGAGGGAUAUCGGGUCGAGAUCGACCCAGAUUAUCGGGAUGCGUUCGCACAAUUAACCACCUCUGCCCUCCCCCACUCUCUCGAAACGAGAGAGGCUCUUUUAAGGGAAAUCAACGAACUGGAGAGAAAGCGUGCAAUUUCCAAGGUGCCCUCCAGCCGAAAGAUUGUUUUGUCAAAUGUCUUCCUAAUUCGGAAACGGUCCGGAAAAUUCAGGAUGAUCCUGAAUCUAAAGAAACUAAACAGGUUCAUCGAAAACAAGCCAUUCAAGAUGGAAUGCCUCUCCAAGAUCCUGCCCCUGCUUCGCCCCCACGAGUGGGCGGCAUCUAUAGACUUAUCGGACGCGUAUCUUCACGUUCCAAUAGCAAGGUCCUCUCAGCAUCUCCUAGGUUUCGCAAUAGGAGGGGACACUUACCAGUACCAGGCCCUCCCUUUAGGCCUUCUCAUAAACUGGGAAAAAUCAAGAUUGACUCCAACUCAGACUCCGGAUUUCCUUGGAGCAUUUAUAGACAUCCCGAGUCAGGUGGCAGCCCCCCUUCCCCACCGGGUUCAGAGAAUGAGAGCAGUCGCGGAGCAACUCCUGUCCAGUCGUCUCUCGACUGCGAAGACUUGGCAGAUUUUUCUGGGACUCUUAGCAAGCUUAGUGAAUACAGUUCCCCCUUGCAGACUGAGGAUGAAUUUUCACAUAAACAGUUUGGAGAUGAUUGCGGUGCAGUUAGCCCUCCAACACUUUGCAUCCGAGAUAGUGGAAAAGUGUGUCCUGAUAAAGUCAGACAACCAGACGGUGGUAACAUAUCACAUAGCAGACUUCUUAUCGAGGGGGCGCUAUCUCCCCUCGGAAUGGAUGCUCCACGAGGCUGUGGCCAGGGAGAUAUUCAAUCAUUUCGGCAACCCACAGAUAGAUCUAUUUGCCUCAACACUACCAGGGACCCAGCACUACUACCCCGAGCCCAACAAACUGAGGCUCACACUGUGGCCCAUUACAGGGCAGCAGCAAUCAAGGCUGGACUUUCUGAACGGGCUGCCAAUUUCUCAGCAGCAGAACGUUUACGGUCUUCCACACGAUCAACCUACGACUCCAGACUCAGUCACUAUGUGAGAUGGUGUCGGCAGGCUAAGACUAAUCCAUGCAGGGCAUCUGUAGUUUCAUUCCCCCUCACAGGGCUGUCUCGCCGGAUACUAUCUCUCGUUGGAUUGUGGAGGCAGUGAAAUCUGCUGGUGAUCCAGUCAUCAUUCACCAGAACAUUAGAGCCCAUGACACAAGAGGAUUGGCUGCUUCCUGGGCCUUAUUCAAGGGCGUACCCAUGGAGGAUAUAAUGAAAGCGGCAUAUUGGUCCAACGCUAAUACAUUCACAUCCUGCUACCUCUCGGAUGUCCUCGGUGAUGAAUCCAAGUUUGCGAGGGCCACCCUGUCCGGUCCCCAUCGCUAAUCCAAGGUAUGAGUUUAACUUUACAAGCUUGUCAUUAGUAUCUUGUAUAAUAGAAUUGAUCUGUAGGGCCUCUUGGCUUUGACCUUUGGCCUGACCACCUCCCAUAGUUGUUUCCGUGGGAAUCUGGCAUUUAAGGGAAUAGGUAAGUAUGGCGUAUCUGAAGUAGAUUAUGUUGUUCAGUAGUGAACACCAUAUCUACGAAGUAGCCAUACUUACCUAUGCUACCCUCCCACCUCCCCUCUUUCUGUAUCUGAGGUUUGUUUGCCUAAGAAAGAGGAAGUGAGCCACGCACGCAAGGUACUUAUAGUAUAGGGCGGGGUUUCCCUCCUUGUCGUGCAGGGCUCUAGUCUGCGUUGCAGACUUUUUCUCCUUUUAUAGGAGAAAUUUUUGCCGGGUGUAUUCGAGCGUGGCGAUCGAAUGGCAUUUAAGGGAAUAGGUAAGUAUGGCUACUUCGUAGAUAUGGUGUUCACUACUGAA